AUGCAACAGCAACAACAGCAACGUCGAAUGUUCACAGCUGCCCUCCUGGCACUUGUUUUCAUUCUGGCAGCUGUGAGUACCACCGAGGCCGGCAAAAAAGAAAAACCAGAGAAAAAGGCGAAGAAGUCUGACUGUGGGGAAUGGCAGUGGAGUGUCUGUGUGCCCACCAGUGGUGACUGUGGCCUGGGGACGCGCGAGGGCACUCGCACUGGAGCUGAAUGCAAACAAACCACCAAGACUCAGAAGUGUAAGAUUCCCUGCAACUGGAAGAAGCAAUUUGGAG